AUGGAAUCAGGAUCAGCAAUCAUAUCUUUUGUGUGGGUGUUGACCGCACUGUCCGGGGUCAUCGUCACUGCAAGGGCUAUCAUGAAGAUUUUACGGUUCAAAGGCNNACUCGCAAUUGUCUAUGGAUCGUCGACCACUCUGAUGUAUAGGGACAACCUCAGCCAACACGCCACUUUCCACUCUCCUGGUUUUGCGAAAUACCUCUACACCUGCCAUGCCAUUGGUUUCAUGGCACCACUGUUCAGUCGCAUCUCUUUCUGUCUCUACAUGCUACGGGUGCUCAGCACAACCUCGGCAUCCAGGAAACGCUGCAUCCACGCCUUCAUUGCACUCCAGCUCUUGGUCAAUGUACCCGUCUCGAUUUUUGUGUUCGCACAAUGCGGAUCCUUCAACUCGCUCUGGGAACACGGAUUGACAGAGCCCGCGGCAUCUUGUGUACGCCACGACGUUGUCAAAAUCCUAGCUCUGGUAGCUGUGGUCUUCAAUGCUCUGACCGAUGUCUUCUUGACAAUCUUGCCAGCAGUGGUGGUUUGGAGUAUCAAAGUCAUGACCGCCAGUGCACGCCUUGGCCUUGUUGCUACCCUGGGCUUGAGCUUCUUUGCAACGAUCGCGAGUGUCAUCAAGAUUUACUACGUCUACGCAUUGUACACGUUCACACCUACCAUACAGAUGUUCAGACACUUGAUCAUCGUUAUGGGAGUGGAGAUCAAUGUUGUCAUCAUCGCCGCCAGUAUUCCAGUAUUGGCGCCAUUGUUCUUACAGAAGAGUGGACAAAGCAGGAAGCACAUGUACAAGGAACCUGAGUUGCCGACCUACAAUAUCAGCGCGGAGGAUUCAGGUGUCUCGCUGCAAUCGUCAAGCAAAACAUUCGAAAGUUCGGUGAAGAGCAAGAAUGUUUCGGUCGUCACGAGUACCAUGGACACUUGUGUAGAGAACAGGAGCGGCUAUACGGCACCGCAAACACCUUGGGAUGAACUGCCAGAGUUCGUGUUUCUGAGCGAUAACAAGUAA